AUGUUCAAGAACCUUCUAGUCACGUUCAUACUUGGUGGCAUCACCAUUUCGUCGUCAUCCGCGCAAAGUCUCUCGCCUCAGGUCAGAAGAACUGAUCUUCAACGACACAACAUCAGCGUGCCGGGACUCGAAGCAUUCCAAGUCCGCGUGGAUUUCGACCCCGGUGCGUUCGCCCCUAAACACAAACAUUAUGGCGAAGAAGUCAUCUAUGUUUUGCGGGGUGCUCUGGAGUAUGAGGUGGAUGGCCAGGCGCCAGUUACGAUAUAUGAAGGAGAAGUAAUCUUCAUUCCGGCGGGAGUACCGCACUCUGCACGGAACAGAGGUGGCAGCUUGAGCAGUGAACUUGCUACGUACAUUGUUGAGAAUGAUAAACCACUCGUUGAGCCUGUCGACUGA